GCAGGUGGGUCCCAUUUUUUUGUUUAAUUUUUUGUUACUUUUCAUUGUCAUUUCCUGCUAUUCCCCGGAUCAUCUUCUUUUUUUUGCACUCAUGUACUUUCGCAACCGUUGGUUCACAAGCCGUGGGUUAGGGAUUCAGCACUUGAUAUUCUGCAGGUCCGGAGUUAGAACCCUACUAUGUUCUGUGUUUUUUGAUUACCGAAUUUCAUAUGUACAGUCCGACGUUUACGGUGAAGGAAAACAUCGUGACGUCACAUAUGAGUAGUCAAUCCGAAGUGAACCAUUGAUGUUGAUUAUGCCUAUUUUUUUUUAUAAUAUAAGGUGGCCUAGUCGCCACUAAAACAAUGUUGUGGCGACCUGAAUUGUAGAAUUAUUGAACAGUAGACUUACGACUAAAGCUACAAUAACCCAAACAAUCUUACUAUUUACACUCGAACGGAGUCGCAGGCAAAAGCAAGUCUAAUUAUCAUGUCCUUUGCCCCUAGCCCCGUCGACGCCUAUAUGUGUUUGUCGGCUAGACGAUCUAGACAAUCUAGUCGUACGGAGAUAACUACGUAAUUAUUUGAACAGUGAACACUUCUAAUUAUAACGUAAAGUGUACCGACCCCGAAUGAUAUCAAUUCAAUUAUAAGUAAAAGUUUCGCUACUGUAAUUUCAACUUUAUUCCGUGGACAUAAAGUUAAUUAUUCUUAAAAUUUAUUUUAAAAAAUUUCAAUGCCAUUUCAGCGGUGUCGGUAAAAAUUGGAAAUGCGAUAAGCGUAGUGUACAUUGAAGGAAGUAUAUUCGCGUGUUUACACUAACAAAAAACAUGUUUAAGCAUCCUUUUUUGUCAGGUUAUACUAACAUAGUACGUCUCAAGUUUUUCAAUAAAAUUCCAUGCUUGAUAAAUUAUUUUCCAUUAGCUACAUUAAUAUAGAAGUACUAUUAUUUCUCAUAACAUUUUUAUUGUAAUAUGCAUAUUCAAUUUCAAUAACAUUCGCAUCUGGAAAUAUUAAGUAAACAUGAAUUAACUCAGUUCUUUUUUUAACAGGCGUCAGUGUGCACGCGUCGGCUUACAUCAUCCCGCUAUCGUUAAAACAGUUUGCCGAACAAACACCUGACUAAACACGCCAGUCGAUGACGGGCCUCAAUGCAAACUGCAUUCUAGCCCACGCCCGCUGAUCAUAUAUUCAUUACCACGCCUAGGAAGCCACUGACGAGCCAAAACUAUGGAGCGAAACCCACACUGCGAAAGCAAGAGAACGGGCAGUCCAUUCCAGAAGGAUAAAGAAUCAGAUGGUACCGCGAUAGUUCAUGAAGAAGUGCUCCAGAAGACAAAUUAUGAUAUACAGAAGGAGAAGAAUAAUGAACUUUUACAGAAGAUUAACAAGAAGACGGCGGAAUAUCAAUCGAACAAACCGAGUUCAGGCGUGUUCACAGAAGUAGUGACCCAUGGUGCGUUCACAUCUAAAAAAGUGGAAAAGGAGAAAGUAUCGAAAGUAGAAAGUGUAGCGAACAAAUACGGGAACGGGUCAAAUUCUAAAUCACUUCUCGGAUACCCAUCAUCAGCUAACGAUUUAGCAUUAGACGCCAAAUCUGAUUUAGAAUCUGAUGCUAACAUAUCCAAAGAAAUUAAAGAUAGAGUUAUUGAGAAACUGUUUACAUUGGUAUCGAUGGUGCAACACACUUACGAAUCUAAAGUACGAUUGAUGACUGACUACGAGAAGUUUAAAGAUACACAAUUGAAGAAUGAAAUCCGUCGAGAAAAGGAACAUUCCGAACAAUUGUAUAAAUUAAACAUGAGCUUUCAGAAUGAAGUCAUACAAGCCGUGCAGCAGUUGAAGAGUGAACUGGAUAUAUCUAGAAAUAUAUCUAAUAAUGUAGAAGAUAGUAAUGUUAAUUUGGAUGAUUCGAUAAGUUUUAAUACAACGAAUGCUGGUUUAAAUGAUUUAGAUGACGUCACGAGUAAUGGAACGCAACAAAGUAAACAGUCAGUCACCACAGACAAGUCGGAAUAAAUUAGCAUAUUUAUUUUAUUGCUGUUUAGUUUAAUAAAUUAUAUUUGUACCAUA